CUCCUCCUCCUCCUCCUUUUCCUCUCCUCCUUCUCUUCCUCCUAUUCCUGCUCCAUUCUCUAUCUCUCGCAAAGGUCUUCCUCCUGUUUCAAUGGCGGCAUCCUCCUCCUCCUCCUCCUCCUCCUCCUCCUCCUCUUCCUUAUCUUCCUCUCCUCCUCCUCCUAUUCCUCCUCCAUCCUCUAUCUCUCACGAAGGUGAUCCUCCUGUUUCAAUGGUAUCCUCCUCCUCCUCCUUCAGGAUUGUCAUCGAUGCCAACAAAAUUCCAGCGGAAAUUAUAACGUGUAAAGGUAAGAAGCUUCGGGCAGGUGAGUCAGCAGUAAUCCGAGUGAAAUAUUACAUUGUGGCCGCUACUCUUGCCAAGCUGACCAAGAAUACCACCAAAGGAUCGGAAACUCAGAAGGGCGCCACAGUCUCCCUCUACUCAAAAUUCAUCUUCAACUCGACACAAAAAUGCAUCAAGAUCAAUAAUGAAACAAAAGGCGUUCAUGAUGAUAAUUGCCUGUCCCCUUCACCCACGCCCACGGUCACCCACGCCCACUCACGCCCACACAACGCCUCCAUCCCGCCCACCCACGCCCCUGGAACCAAUGAUACGGACGAGAGUGAAGAGGAAGAAGAGGAAAUAAGUGGUUUUGUUGAAGUUUCAGUGGGGACAGAUGUGGUGAUUCAUGUCCAGCACGAGUGGAAGAAAUCCUUAUUGGACAUCUUUCCCAUGUGGCAACUACUGGCGAUACUUUUUGGCGCCAUUAUGCUCUUCAUUGUCAUAGUGGCCAUCAUCUGGAAGCUGGGCUUCUUCAAGAGAAACAAGAUCACCGUGGAACAAAGAAGGGAGCUGAGGGAGAGCAUAAGAAAAAGAAGCCAAAGAAAAAGCGAAAGAAGGAAUGAAGGAAAUGAACAAAAGGAACAAGAAAACAAUAUAGGAAGUAACUUUGGCAAUGUGUUUAUAGUAGAAUGAUGAUGAUGAUGAUGAUGAUGAUAAUGAAUGAUGAUGAUGAUGAAUGAUAUGUUUCCACUUGUUUGAUUUUGUUUUUUUUUCUUUUCUUUUUUUUUUUCUACUUUGUGUGUGCUUUGUGCUUUUUUGAUAUUGUAGUGGUAAUAAUGUUAAAUUUAGCUCAUAUAUGCAUGGCUUACAGGUUAGUGCUUCAGAGAGAGAGAGAGAGAGAGAGAGAGAGAGAGAGAGAGAGAGAGAGAGAGAGAGAGAGAGAGAGAGAGAGAGAGUGAAUGUGCGUGUAGUAAUAAUAAUAAUAAUAAUAAUAAUAAUAAUAAUAAUAAUAAUAAUAAUAAUAAUAAUAAUAAUAAUAAUAGUUAAAAGCGUGAUAUUUCAAGUUUCAAGUGUGUUUUUCCAAUGUGACAGCAAUAUCUAUGUUAAAUUAAUUACUAAGAUACAUAUUUCACCCCUUCAGUACCAUGACCCUUUUUCAUAUUUGCUCUGGUUACUAUUUGGUGAUUUUAUACAGCUUCACAAACUCAUGUGGGGGAUUAAAAUAGUGAAGACUGAGGCCAUUAAUCUUCUGACCUCCAUAGACCCUUGCUAAUGUCAAUAAAAUGGUCUAAUGGUACACAAAUCUCAAGGUAAAAAUGUGUCCCAGUACUGAAGGGGUUAACUAUAAAAUGUUAGCUCAAAUAGUGAAUAAAGGGUUUUAAACUA